GUUCCAUUCAUUAAUGUGGCAUUGAAAUAUUUGUAAAUUUUAUCUUAUUUGAGGAGGCGUUGUGUUUGGUGACGUGAUAAUGUUGCGAAUAUAACGGAGGAUUAUUGUUUUACAAUUGUAGAGUGAGUGUGUAGUGAUAGGAAAGUGCAGUGUUUUUGUUUUGAGAGCAUAAUAAAGUCUCAAUUUAUGUUUCUUUUUACACGAUUUUCAAGAUGGAGGAGGCCAAUGAUAGUAGCAGUAAAAAUACUAUUAAACAACUGAAAUCUGUUGAAAGCAGCGACCUUGAUGAUGAAAACUCCAAAGAUAGUGUCUUAACAACAGGAUCAAAGUUGUGCCUUGUUGGAGCCGCGAGUUUGGAUGUAGAAGUUGAAAAAGCAGCAAAGGGGUUUGGCUUGGAAGUGCUGACGUCAGAAGAUGGAUCUGAAUGGCAAGAUUUACCUGUCAACACAAUAUACUUCGUUCUGGAAGAGUUUGAAGGCAAUGUGUUUGAUAAUCUGCACAAACUUGGUCACAGAUUGCUCGGGACCACAGCCCUGCGGGAGUUGGCUGCUAGACAAGAGCCACUACCCCACAACAACAGGCCUCUAUACAGCCUGGCUAUGUGGGGUCUCAUCGUGGCGUUCACCGGCUUCCGAAAGAAAGAAGAACUGAAGCGGCUGAUACAGAAGAUCCACAACAUGGGAGGCAGUAUCCGCAGCGAGAUGAACAGUAAGGUGACGCAUCUAGUGGCUCAGCGCUGUGGUGGCUCCAAGUACCAGUACGCCAUGACGUUCCGUGUGCCCAUCGUGGCAGCCACCUGGGUACACGACGCAUGGGCAAUGAGAUCGCAACCAGAGUAUUCUGCUGCUGAUUCCAGUGUCAUCACCUGUCACAAACUGAAGCCUUUCCAAGGUGCAAGAGUGUGCUUCCUGGGGUUCCCAGAGGACGAGCAGAAGCACAUGGCUGAAGUACUCGUCCAGAACGGGGGAACAUUGACGGACCACGAAGACGCAAUGUGCAGUCACAUGGUUCUGGAUAGUGCCGUAACGUAUGACUUGAUCAAAGCAGGAGCAUGGGUGCCUCAAAGCCCACCCCCCUGCACCCCUCUCCCCUCCACAUCCACUCCUUGUAGCGAGGCUAUGGACAUAUCCCCGACCAAGUCCGAGGCUAUCUCGGCCAUGGAUAUCUCCCCCGAUCAUCCGUUCCACAAAGAAAUCGCCCAGGCUAAAAUCGAACUGAUGAAAACUUCCAGCGAAAAGAUCGGAAGAAGAUUGUCCCUCACGCCAACUUCUCCGGGUUACAAUUCUCCUUUUUCGAAUCGUAAGAACAAAACGGAUUUGACACCCAUCAAGGAAUCUUCCCCGCUUACGAUUUCGCCCAAUAAAAUUUGUGCAAAAAAGGAACUUGACUUUUCCGACAAUGACGAAUGCGCCUCCCCCAAGUUUGAUGCGAAAAGGCGGAAAACGAUGAGUCCUUCUGAGUUGAAUCAAAAUCGGAAAUUUAAAAAGUCCCCGAGUCAAGGGUUUAAAAAGUUUGCUCAUUCUUCUCUGCGGAAGUCGUUCAAAAUGAAGACGCACACGUUGGCUAGGUGGAUCUCUAGCAGUGAUGUUUGUAUGAAAGCCUCUCCUAGAGUGAAUGACAAGUCCAUGCCUCCCCCACCCCCUCCUACCCCUCUCCUAGCCUCAUCCCCUUCUCUGGGAAACAUCACUGGACAAGAGGAGUCUCACGGCAUGCCUAUGGUCGUAGACGAGUCUACAGUCAGUAAACUCCCAGAUCAGGCUCCCCAGCAUGCUUCCAUAGUCAAGGCCGAGUGGUUCUGGGCAUCGGUGCAGAAUGAGGGCUGCGUCGAUGAGAAAGACUACCUCUUCGAAGAUAACACAGAGGUAACCUGGGUGUGUGCACAGUACCUGGAGAGUCUGGUGAGUCCGUCGCGUCGCACAACUCCCCUGGCUCCAACGUCACGAGCUCGCAAGCGCAAACGGCUGCAGGAGGCAGUGGCCAGGCUAGCUAGUGGCGCUGGCGUGUCACCGGCCACCAACAAGCGGAGGAGCUCAGUCAGCGACGCAGGGCUGCUCAGUGUUAGCGGCAGCUUCCUCGACUGCACCAAUAGUCCGGCCACUAACCUCUCCGAUGUAGGAGAUGCAGAACCUACCAAGGUAGAGACUCCGCUCAAGAACCUCAGCCCUAGACACCAGGUGUUCCUGGAACUGGUCCAGACAGAGUUCAACUAUGUCAACACCCUCAAAACUAUCAUGACGCUGUACAAGGAACCACUGGAACAGAUGUGUGAGACGCCCGACCAGCUGUUGAGUCCUACAGAGGUGAAGAUCAUCUUUGGCCAUCUGCCGCCCAUCUAUGAGACUCACUGUCGCAUGCUGGAGCAACUACGUCAUGCUGCUAGUCACUGGACGGAGGACACGAGCAUCGGCAACAUCAUACUCAACUUUUCGGGAGACCUAGUGAAGGCGUACCCUCCGUACGUCAACUUCUACGAGACCACCAGAGAGAUGUUGCUGAGAUGUGACCAGACCAUGCCCAGGUUCCACGCCUUCCUCAAGAUAGGCCAGACCAAGCCAGAGUGUGGCCGGCAGAGUCUACUGGAUCUGCUGAUACGACCAGUGCAGCGACUGCCCAGCAUCAACCUGCUGCUCAAUGACAUAUUGAAACAUACAAACAAAAGCAACCCAGACCACAGUGCCUUGCAAGCAGCAGCCGCGUCUAUUCGUGAGGUCACCACUCAUAUCAACGAGGACAAGAGACGCACGGAAGGCCAGAUGGUUAUGUUUGACAUCUUCAACGACAUUGAAAACUGUCCGCCCCACCUAGUGUCGUCCCAUCGCAGUUUCAUCACACGUUGUGACAUCACGGAGCUCAGUGAUGGUCUCAGCGGACGCGGCGAUGCACUUGCGUUCUUCCUCUUCUCUGACAUAGUGGAGGUAUGUAAAAAGCGUUCAAAAGCUUUCAACUCCCUCAAGAGUCCAAACACAGCCAAGUUGAAUGGCCAAGACAAGACUCGCCCGGCUUCCUUCAAACACGUCCGACUGAUGCCUCUCUCCCACAUCAAGAUGGUUAUUGACAUCACGGAGACUGAAGAUUGUCACAACAAGUUUGCGUUGGUGGUGAAAAGUAACCAAGAGUUGAGAGAGAAGCGAUACUCUUUCAGAAUCACAGACGAGGGGACGGACAAGAUGACGUUUCUGCGGACGUUGUGCCGUCAAAUGGCCAACACACUUUGUAGGCCGGACGCGGAAAACUUCUUGGCCUCUUUGAAUCAAGAGGAAUUGGACAUAGACACAAGUGAUAUUGGUGUGGGAACACUAAAAAGUAAAGCGGCAAAAUUUGCGUCAAGGACUCGUAUAAAGGUGGGACGAGCGUUCAGCUUCAACAAGACCCCUAACAAGCUGAAGAGGGCGAUGAGCACAAUGAUGAGUCCGUUUGGCAGCACUAGUAACUUGACACCUGCCUCACAGUUAGCUCAGAUGCGGCUGGCUAGUUGUAACAACCUCAAUGAGCUAGGAUCAGCCACACCCCCUCCCCCUGCCGCUCCUCCUCUCUCAGUGCAGCCAACCCGACGAAACAAACACCCUUCUCUGUCUGUCGCGUCCCUGCGGCGCUUAUGACACAUCUAUUGACCCACAUUUUUAAAGUGUGGGUUAGUCUCGGAAUGUACAUAUGUAUAUUGGUCCGGCCGUCCUAGUUCUUGCUACUUCCACUAUCUAGAUCUGAUCUAGUUCAAGGACAAUACAACAAUUAGGUGCUGUGUUUAACCGUUCCUGCCGAUUGAGUGCUUUCUCGGUGCUUCUCUAAGAAGUUUAUCGCAAUACAUGUUAUUGUAAAUAGUAGUUUAAAGUUGAAGAGUCCAGAAGUACGGAAUGCAGUAUUAUAGUUGAUAGGUGUCGAUUUUCUGUCUAAAGUAAGGUUUGUGAGUUUUUGUUGUAAAAGUGGAUACGUCCUGAGAUUUAAUGAAAAAGAUUAACAGGUAUUUGGAUAGGAGUUGACUGGAAAAAAGUGCAAAACUAGUCUCCAUUAAAACAACUUGAUAUUUAAACUACAUAACUGUAGUUUUCAUAUUGAUAAUGUUUAUGGUCAUAAUUCUUACAACUGCAGUCAUUUUUUAGUUUUUUUAUGUUUUUCAACCACUUUUACCUAAGGCAUAUGUUUUGUUUUCUGUUUGCAAUGCAAUUACAAAUUAGUAUUUCAAUCUACCUCAUUUAUGUAUGUUUCAAAGUAUUUUUAACUUCUGGAUGUUUUCAACUUUGACUAAUAUCUAGAAUCUGAAACUUAGAUGAUGUUCUUUAUUAUGGUGUUAUACAAGUUUGUGGUUUAAUUUUUUUUACAACUUACAAAGGUGUUUGUAUACAAAAAUAUAUAUUAUUCAAAACUGUUUAUCUGUUCAAGUUAAUUUACCAAGUUCGUUAAUUUUUUGUCCAAUUGCUGAAUAAAAAAGAUUUUUUUGGUAAUAAUGAUUUUAACAGUUUUGUCUAUGUUUAGUUAGUUACUGCUCAUAAAUGAUUGAAGACGGAAAUCAAAUUUCUGGAAAGAAAUUUCUCAAGUAUAGCCUUUAAGUAACCCAACAUAGCCUAACUGAUUAAAAAUUAAUUUCAAACUUAUGGUGAAAUUGCAAAGCCAUUUUUAAAAAGUGUGAAAAUAAAAACAAUUCUUUUGAGUAUUUUACACUGUAAGAAUUCUUACUGAAUUUUAUUUAAUUUAAUAACCUUCCCUUUUGUUCAGGAUAUCUUUUAUUUACCCUUCAUAAUUAUUCACCAUUUAACUAUAAGAUAGACCUCUGCGUAAGUCUCCUUUAUUGCUUAGUGAAAAAGUAAAUUUAUAGGACCUCUGUUAGGCUAUGAUGGUUUAUUUAUAAAAGGCUAUUUUUUUACAAUUUGAUUUCUUUUCUCAUAUUAUUUCAAUGAGUUUUAUUUCUUCAGUUUCAUUUUUAAAAGCCUACAGCAAAGCCCUAAUCACAAUAUGAAGGCAAAUAAGUCUAGUACUAAAACGGACAAUAUAAAACACAGUAUUUUCUGUACUGUAUCCAAAGCUAUGUUGCUAGGUAUAGUUUUUUACAUAAUAUGCAACAUAAUUGACAAUGUAUAUAAAAUGCUACGGUUUUUAGUUUCUUAGUUGUGUAAAUAUUUAAGAACAACCCUUGCUCUCUUUUUAGCGAAUUUACCAUUCAGGGAAAAUCAGCUAUUUCUAAUUAUUUGAGUACAGUUAUAGACUGUUAUUACUGUAUAUUUUAAUGACAAUUGUUGUAUUUUUAACCUUUUAACUGUGUAUAGUAGUUUUAAUAAGCUCUCUACUUCUUAAUCAAGUAAGAAUUAUAAAAAAUGUUAUAUAUUACAAACCUGUUAUUGAAAGUAUAUGUAGGUAUAUACUUUGACCACAAGUUGCUCUAUGUUGAAUAUAAUUUACUUAUUAUACCGGUAAAGAUAUUCUUGUUAAUUUUAAGUCAAGUUUCUAGCUUUUUAUGAUAAAGGGGUUAGUCAUUUUGUUUACAAAUAAUGUUAAUGUGAUUUCUAUUUUUAAAUUAGAUUUGAGAGAAACUGAAACAUCUUUUAGUAUUCAGGUUAUUUUCAAUGUUUUUUUAGGUACUCUUGUGUUUUAUUAACUACAUUAGGUUAGGUUAGGUUAAGUAACCAAAUUUUUAAAUUAAAGUAAUUGUAUUUUUUAUGUUUAAAUAACCUAACCUAACCUAUCCUGGUGUCGUGGGUAUAACAGAUAAAACCGGGUGUGUUCGGUGUAACAGAAAGUUACCUUUUUUUAUCACAUUUUUCAAAUGGUUUUAUAACAAUACAAUUUGAUUAUUCAUUGAAAUUAAUUUGUGCACAUUGUAUUAUGAUUUAUUUGUAACUUUUAACCCUUUGAGUGCCAACGUCCGGGGAACCGGACGUUUUUAAAACGAGCCAAAAGUGCCGACGUCCGGCCGACCGGACGUUUUUAGAACGAGCCAAAAGUGCCAACGUCCGGCUGACCGGACGUUUCGUAAUGAUCGAACAGUUGUCAUAACAACCGAAUGGAUACUCGGAUUCUUUUAACCCAUAUAUUAACAUUGAGUCGAAAGUUACUAGAUGCGAUACAUCGAUUUUCGUUGGUCGAAAUAUCGAAAAUUCGAUUUUUACGAAAUUUUAACCUAAAAAUCGCCAGAUCGCGCUCGGCAUUUUUAGCGCGACCUUCGGGAAAAAUCAUCGGCAUUUUUUUAGCGUUACUUUUAUUUCUCGCCUGGCACUCUAAGGGUUAACAGUUGAAAUUUAAAAUAUUAAAGGUUUCUUAAGAUUUAAAUAUAGAUGGAAUUAGAUUUAAAAUUCUUAGAUUUUACCACGAACACUACAAAAGACCCGGUGUGGAUCAUAAACAUAAACAAAUGAUGUUUUUAAUUAAACAAAACGAUAUGUUAAUUAAUGCUAUUAGUAUAGGGGUUUUGUUUACUUUCGGGCCAAAAACGUCAUUUGUUUAUGUUUAUGACUACAUAGGUAUGCUAUUCCCGUUAUAUGCUGACGUCACCCAGAUUGAAAACACCAUUUCACCAUUAAAAAAAUAAUAAAAACAAUAACAAUCAAAUCAAAACAAAUAUAAUUGUAUGGUAAUACAAUCAGGUGAUCAUUUGUUUGCAAUCUGGGUGACGUCAGCAUAUGACGGGAAUAGCACACCUAUAUAUUUUCCUUCCACCAUGAUCCAUUCCGGUUUUUUUCUAGUAUUUGUGGAUUUUACCUAUUUGUAUAUUGAAAACUAAAUUAUAUAUUUACAAUGGGUUGAGAUUAAUAGUUUAAGAAGAGAUUAAAAUUAAUUAUUACUUUAAACCUUAAUUACUGGCAAAAACAAAAUCUCAAUAUGUGUACAUUUUAAUUCUUACAUUUUUUGUACCCACCAAUUUUUCUACAUAGCCUACUUUUUCAAUUUGAAGGCAGUUUGUUAACAGGAUAUUUGUGUUUUCUUUACCCACCUAACUAAAACUUUAAACAUACAUAAUUUUCUAUUGAUGUUUACAUGGUAAAAAAGUAUACUCUGUUAUCUAAGUCACAUAUAGCAGCCUAUCAAGGCCCACCUUCGAAGCCAACAUUUCGCUUAUAAAAUAAAACUUUGUUGGAAUAUCAAGCUUUCAUUUAUUUGCACUCUAGAUACAUUUUCAUUUCAUUAAAUUAAGUCUUGUACCUUUAGUUGUAUUUGAAAUAAUUUUCAGUUUCCAACAGGGCAUAUUUAAACGUCACAUUUUCAUAUUGAUGAAAAAAUAAGUCAGCCUUUGUGAUGUAGAUUUAGCUCUCUAUGUGUUGUAUUGUCUUUAACCUAAUUUAGUAUUUUUGGAUUUUCUCUAACCGAUGAAUUUCUAGCAGCGAUAUUCAACUAGGGGUAAAUUUGAUUUGUGUGAUACACAUUGUAUUUUAUUUGUAGGAUCACCAUAUUGUAUUUUCUUUUGUAAAAUAAAUUUACAUCAAUUAA